UUUAUACAGAAGGACUUUCACGCAAUGCGAAAACUUCCACCAGGACAGUUCUGAGAGUUUCUAUCUCGGCGAAAUAUUUGUUCGUGCAAAAAUGUCCGGAAAGGUUGUACUGCAUUACUUUAACGGGAGAGGGAAGAUGGAGUCGAUCCGGUGGCUCCUGGCUGUUGCUGGUGUUGAGUUCGAGGAGGUUCAUCUAACAACCAAUGAGCAAUACCAGAAACUUGUGGACGAUGGAGUGCUGACGUUUCAUCAAGUCCCCCUGGUUGAAAUAGACGGCAUGAAGCUUAUUCAGACCAAGGCCAUCCUGAACUACAUUGCCGGAAAAUACAAUCUCUAUGGAAAGGAUAUUAAGGAGCGUGUUAUGAUUGAUAUUUACUCUGAGGGUCUUAGAGACUGCAUGGAAAUGAUCAUGAUUCUGCCUUUUACACCUGCUGACCAAAAACAGAAACAAUUGGAUAAAAUACAGGGCAAAGCCAAGGGUUGUUAUCUUCCAGCAUUUGAAAAGGCUCUUGCUCAUUCCAAAUACCUUGUGGGAGCCCAGCUGAGUUGUGCAGAUGUGCACCUCCUUGAGACCACUCUCAUGCUGGAGGAGUUGUUCCCGACAAUACUCUCCACUUUUCCCAAAAUUCAGGAAUUUCAGAAGAGAAUGAAAGCGAUUCCAGCCAUCAGUAAGUUCUUGCAGCCCGGCAGUCAGAGGAAGCCCCCACCCGAUGAAGUUUAUGCUAAUACUGUCAAGACUGUACUGAGCCAUCUUUUCAAGUAGAAGAUUGACAGAUCUUUAAGCACUUAUAAGCUUUCUUGUGCCUUGUACAGAAGAGGGCUUAUGUAAGGCAUCAUAAAUUCUCUUUCAACGUUUAAUACUGUGCCCUUUAGAUUCAAGAAAGCAGAGCGAAGGGCUUCUGUUCAGUUCAAUGUAAUAUAUGAUAUCAGGCUAGAUAAGGAGUUAGAUAAAUGUCUAAUAGAUUAGCCUAAUGGAUUUAUGUGCAUACUUUUGAGCAUUGUGAUGUAAAUCCUAGUAACAACAAUAUAAAGAGGGGAUGUUUUGUGGCCCGAGGGUUACUUACAUUACUAUGCAGAAAAAUACUAUGCACUAAUAGUAGCCUGAUAAUCGUAUUUUACACAUUGGGCAAGGCUGCUGCUACUGUAAAAAAAAAAAAAAAAAAAAAAGGGCUUUUAA